CGCGGCAGCUCCCGCUGGGCGUCGAGAUGGGGCUGGAGCUGUACCUGGACCUGCUCUCGCAGCCCUGCCGCUCCAUCUACAUCUUCGCCCGGAGCAACAACAUCCCCUUCGAGUUCAAGCACGUGGAGCUGUUCAAAGACUCGGUGCUGGGGAAGAAGCCGGCGGCGGGCAGCGGCGCGGAGCAGCCCCGUGCAGGGCCAUCAAAUAGUGAAGGUGCAGGCAAAGUCAGCCUCUUGAAGAAAGUACCAGCACUGAAGGAUGGAGACUUCACCCUUGCAGAAUGCACUGCCAUUCUGCUGUACCUGAGUCGAAAGUACAACACUCCUGACCACUGGUACCCCUCAGACAUCCAAAAACGGGCACGGGUCGAUGAGUACCUGUCCUGGCACCAUGCCAACAUCCGGGCUAAUGCUCCUAAAACCAUGUGGAUCAAGGUGUUGAUUCCCCUCUUCACAGGGCAGCCACUGCCCUCGGAGAAGCUCCAGGAGGUUAUGGAGGGGCUGUCCACUUCCCUGAAGCAAUUUGAGGAGAGGUUUCUGCAGGACAAGGCUUUUAUCAUUGGCAGUGAGAUCUCCCUGGCAGAUCUGGUGGCCAUUGUGGAACUGAUGCAACCUGUUGGAGUUGGUUGUGACAUCUUUGAAGACAGGCCCAGGCUGAGGGAGUGGCGCAGGCGGGUGGAGGAUGCUGUGGGAAAAGAGCUUUUUUUCCAAGCCCAUGAGAUGAUCCUCAAUAUCAAAGAACUGAGCAAUAUUCAAAUCGAUCCGCAGCUGAAAGAGCAACUGGCACCUGUGUUGAUGAAGAUGUUGAAAUGAAUUAACCUAUCUUAGCAUUUUUCCUGCCUCUUUUUUUCCCUUCUUAUUUUCUUCUCUGACAUCCAGUUCUACAUGUAACUGGAAAGAGCACUGUAAUUCUAACAGAGAAAUUGCUGAGUGUUCUGUCCCUGGGCCAGGUCUUUCUUGUAUCUUUGGGGGUGGAAGCUAGGGAAAGUUUAAGAUCUAAAAACAUUAAAUUCAUACAGAGGGCUGAGGCUCUACAGGUCACUCAACAAGCAUCUGGAUUUUGUUUCAGUGUCAGUCUUCUCAGAGAUGGUAGAGACAAGAACGGUAUUUCCUGACAGAAUUAAAGCCAGCUUAUAAACUGGGAAUGUUAAAGUACUGAAUAGGAUGAGGAUCAUUGUUUUCAAUUUUAAUAUUUGUACUGCAAAGUGUGCCUGAUCCUCAUCUUCCCAGCAUGUGUCUGCACAGACAAGCAGAGCCCAAAACUACUUCACAAAAGUGAAAAAAAGAAAUUUUAAAAGUUUCUUAUUGUUGGGGCAUCUUGCUUGGCUGUCCGUGUACAUUCCACACUUCUUUUUCCCUUGAAGUUCCUUUGAGAAAUUUCUUUGUAUUCAUCUGCAACUGUGAAUCUUUAUAAUUCUUCAGUUUAACUGCUGCUUUGGAUUUCUGAAAGCCUGGGUUCUCUUGGUGCUCUAUCUACCAAUACACAUUUGUGGCAGCUGUUCUUGGAGAUUCAUGCUGCUGGUGGACACAGCCUUGGAAUACCUGCCUACCUAAAAUACCAUGGUGAUGUUAUAUAGGGAGUACCCUGAAAGAAUGCAUUCACAGUGUUUUUGUGAAAGGGAAUAUAACAGUAAACAAAUUGGUUUUUUUCUAUGGCAAUACUGUAAUAGCAAUCCACAUUUCUCUUAGAAAAUGUGGAGGGAAUAAAUGCAGACAUGCUCUUCUGAGACUGUUUUGGAUGGAAGUUCACCAAGUAAGUCACCCUGUGCAGCUGAAGUAAUAAGAGAGGUUUUGUGGCAUUGAGCAACACAUGCAUCACAAUAAAAGGGCAAAGAGUUGUUUUGGA